UUAUUUAGUCUUUCAAAUUUAUGGAUUAUUGUAAUUUGCCAUUAUCGUAUUUGAUUCGAUGUUACGCUAUACCAGAUUACGACGAUCUGGGAGAUCAGUCGUAUGAAUGUCAAUCGUGUGGUGCAAUGAUGUGGUACGCUGAGCGCCUUGAUAAGCACAGGAACACAUCGAGACCCGAGUUUUCUCUAUGUUGUCAGAAGGAUAAAGUACAACUACCUUAUAUGAAAAAUGCCCCACCUACUCUUUCCAAUUUGCUUUUCGGUACGGAUAGACAGAGCAAACAUUUUCAGGACAAUAUUCGUUCUUACAACAUGAUGUUUGCUUUCACAUCACUUGGCGGAAAGGUCCAAACAUCUAUUAAUACGGGUGCUGGACCAUACACAUUUCUACUUCAAGGUCAGAAUUACCACCUGUUGGGUAGUAUGUUACCAGAGGAAGGUGCACGACCUAAAUUCGCACAACUUUACAUCUUCGAUACGGAGAAUGAAGUCCGCAAUAGAAUUGAUGCUGUCAGGUAAAAUUAUUUUCAUUUUUCGUGCACCCAUUUUCAAUACAUAUGAAGUAUUUUGAGGAGAGUGCAAUUCUUUAAUCAUUUUUUAUUGUAGGUCUGGAAAUGGCUCGAACAACCUUGAUACUCAAAUUGUUGCAUCCUUGAAGGAUAUG